AAACACGAGGCCUUAAAUGGACAACUUGGAAACCCCCCAUGUUCUUUCAGGACUUCUGAGGUUGAUGUCACGCAUGUGGGUGAGAUACCUCCCCUUGGGUGGGGCCGGAAGCUGGAAGAGUGGGGUAGAGGGUUUAUUGAUGUACAAAUGAACGUCGUCGAAGAUCCUCUGACCCAGCGGGAGAGGCCGAUGCUGGUGGUCCAGAUGGAUUCACUCAUUCAUGUGGAGCCGUUGCGAGCUGUUCUGGAGUACCUGUACACGGGGCACCUCAACCAGUGUAGGGCGGACCUCAUGCAGAUCGCUACCAUAGCCGAAGCCCUAGAAGUGUUCGACCUGCGAAUGAUGGUGUCCAACCUGCUGAACAAAGAAGGUUUCAUGAACCAGGAGAUCACCAAAGCCUUUCAUGUGCGGAGAGCCAACCGGAUCAGAGAAUGCCUGAACCGCGGCCUCUUCUCAGACGUGCUGUUUACAGUGGAUGAUGGUUCGGUUCCGGCCCACAAGCCUCUGCUGAUUGCCAACUGUGACUGGAUGGUGGCGUUGUUCCGAGGUUCCUUCCGAGAGAGCUUCACACCAGGGGUCUCUUUGCCCGGCACUUCCACUUCCUGCCUGCGUGCCGUCCUGGAGUAUCUCUACCUGGGCCACUUCUGUCCGGGGCCCCAACUUGGCUCUAUGGAGCUCUUGGUGCUCAGCAACCGGCUGUGUCUUCCCCAUUUACAGGCCCUGACUGAACAACACACGGUGGACGAGCUCCUGGCCUGCUAUGUGCAGGGGAUGGAUAUAGACGGACAGGUCCUCCUCUACCUGGAGAUCGCUCAGUUCCACAAUGCCAGGCAGUUGGCUGAUUGGUGCCUCCAUUACAUCUGUACCAACUACAACGCCGUGUGCCGCAAGUUCCCCCGCGAGAUGAAGUACAUGUCACCCGAAAACAAAAGCCACUUUGAGCGUUUUCGGUGGCCUCCGGUGUGGUACCUGAAAGAGGAAGACCGUUACCUCCGCUGUAAGAAGGAGCGCGAAAAGGAGGAGGAGCUCAUCCGCAAGCAGCACAGCAAGAACAAGUGGUGUUUUUGGCGCCCUUCCUCGUCCUCCGUUUCCUGA